AUGGAUCUCGAUAACAAGCCAAAGGCAUUCCAAGACAUCUCUGCCGUCGAGGGUAGUAUUGAUGGCGCCCUCGGCGAAUCAACACAUAUCGACUCGAAAGCGCAAAAGAAACUCUUGCUCAAGUUGGAUCUCUACCUCGCGCCGAUUAUCACACUCAUCUUUCUUUGUGCUUAUCUGGAUCGUUCCAAUAUCGGUAAUGCUCAAGCUGCUGGUAUGGGUAAGGAUCUGGGUCUGAUCGGAAAUCAGUAUGGAAACGCUGUAACAUUGUUCUACGUCUUCUACGUCGCUGGCGAGAUCCCGUCGACAAUCCUGAUGAAGAAGUUACGACCCAACAGGAUGAUACCAGCACUGGUGUUCUGCUGGUCAGUAGUCCUGAUCGGCACAGGUUUCAUGCACAACGCUCAGCAGUUAUACGCUUCACGACUCUUGCUCGGACUUUUCGAAUCGGCCAUGUUCCCUUGCCUCGCCCUUUACUUGAGCACCUUCUAUAUGCCACAGGAACAGGCAUUGAGAAUCUCCUAUCUUUUCGUAAGUGCCGCUCUAAGUGGUGCUUUCGGUGGUCUCUUCGCUUUCGCCCUACUCAAGAUGGAUGGCGUCCAAGGUCUUGAAGGAUGGAGAUGGCUUUUCAUCGUGGAAGGCUGCCUCAGCGUGCUUGUUGCAUUCGUUGUUUAUUUCCUUCUUCCCAAUGAUUUCGAGACAGCCAGAUUCCUUUCCGCCGAGGACAAGGAGCUAAUGCGUGCGCGAAUGGCCAUGAACGCCAGGUACAACGGAGCUCCUGAAUUUGACUGGAAGGAGGUCCGGAAGGCUUUCCGCGAUCCCAAGCUCUACAUCUCUUGCUGGUGUCAGUUCAUGGCCGACAUUUGUUCAUUUGGCUUGAGCACUUUCAUGCCUACCAUCAUCCGCGGUUUUGGCUACGGCACUGUAGAGACACAGCUUCUCACUGUGCCAGUCUACAUCUGGGCUUCAAUUGCGUACAUGCUUGUCUCGUGGAGUUCGGACAGAUUUCAGAAGAGAGCUUUCUUCAUGGUUCCCGGUGCUCUGCUGACAGCAGUCGGGUAUGCAGUCCAGCUUGGAGUCCCUCAAGCGCAGCGAGGAGCUUUGUAUUUCUCCAUCUUCCUCAUCGCACCCGGCAUCUACAUCAUUGUUGGUUUGAACGCAGCAUGGUUGCUGAACAGUCAUGCCGGCUACCACAAGCGUGCCACUGCAGUAGGAACCAACCAAGCCUUCGGAAACAGCGCAGGUGUUGUUGUCGGCCAGAUUUUUGCGAAACGGGUCAAUGGAAAGUACGUGACUGGGUUGAGUGUCUCCUUAGGAGCGGUCCUUCUGGCGCUACUGGGUCAUGUGGCGUUGUGGGCAUACAUGAGACAUCAGAACAAGAAGAGAGAUGCCAUGAGCGAGAAGGAGCGAAAGCGUUUAAUCAGUGCUGGAAAGGAUGGCGACUAUCAUCCUGAUUACAGAUACGCGCUGUAG